AUGUUGCAUGUGGGCUCUAGAAAUGCUCAGGGUCUCUGUAAAAACCUGCAAGAGCUGAAUGUCUCUGACUGUCCAACACUCACAGAUGAAUCAAUGAGAUACAUCUCUGAGAGCUGCCCUGGAGUCCUGUACCUCAAUCUAUCUAACACAGUUAUCACCAACAGGACAAUGAGACUCCUGCCAAGGUACUUCUAUAAUUUACAGAAUCUUAGUUUGGCUUACUGCAGAAAGUUCACAGACAAAGGUUUACAGUACCUGAAUUUGGGGAACGGAUGCCACAAGCUCAUCUAUCUGGACCUUUCCGGCUGCACCCAGAUUUCAGUCCAAGGCUUCAGGAACAUUGCAAACAGCUGCAGUGGGAUAAUGCAUCUGACUAUCAAUGACAUGCCGACUCUGACGGACAACUGUGUAAAAGCUUUAGUUGAAAAAUGCCGUCGUAUUUCAUCAGUAGUUUUCAUUGGUGCACCACAUAUUUCUGAUAGUACUUUCAAAGCUCUUUCUGCUUGUGACAUCAAAAAGAUCCGAUUUGAAGGAAAUAAAAGGAUUACUGAUGCAUGCUUCAAACUUAUAGACAAAAGUUAUCCAAACAUCAGGCACAUUUACAUGGUAGACUGCAAGGGAAUCACAGAUGGUAGCCUCAAAUCACUCUCACCUUUGAAGCAUCUCACUGUGUUGAAUCUGGCAAACUGUGUAAGAAUUGGUGAUAUGGGACUAAAGCAAUUUCUUGACGGUCCUGCAAGCACAAAGAUAAGAGAAUUAAACUUAAGUAACUGUACCCACCUGGGUGAUGCCUCCAUUGCAAAACUAUCAGAACGGUGCUAUAAUCUAAACUACUUGAGUUUACGAAAUUGUGAACAUCUGACUGACCUAGGAGUUGAAUUCAUUGCAAACAUCUUUUCUUUGGUAUCAGUUGAUCUCUCUGGAACAGACAUCUCUAAUGAGGGUUUGAUGACACUUUCCAGACAUAGAAAAUUAAAGGAACUUUCUGUGUCUGAGUGUGAUAAAAUCACCGAUUUUGGAAUCCAGGUAUUCUGCAAAGGCUCACUGACCUUGGAACAUCUGGAUGUCUCUUAUUGCCCCCAACUAUCAGAUAUAAUUAUUAAAGCAUUGGCCAUUUAUUGUAUUAAUCUCACAUCUCUCAGUGUUGCUGGCUGUCCAAAGAUUACUGACUCAGCAAUGGAGAUGUUAUCAGCAAAAUGCCAUUAUCUGCAUGUUUUGGAUAUUUCUGGUUGUAUCCUGCUUACUGACCAAAUGCUUGAGAACCUUGAAAUGGGCUGCCGACAACUCCGGAUCCUAAAGAUGCAGUACUGCAGACUUAUUUCCAAGGAGGCAGCUAUAAGAAUGUCAUCUAUAGUUCAUCACCAGGAAUAUAGCGCUUCUGACCCUCCACUUUGGUUUGGCUAUGAUUCUGAAGGCAAGUCUCUUACAGAGCAACAAAAUACAUCACUUAAAGAUUCAGAAUUGACCACAAAAGAGUCAACAUACAAUAGUGAAGAGGAAGCAGUAUGA